AUGAGACUCUUUAUCCUCUCCGUUCUCUCUCUCGUUGGUGCCGGCAUCGUGUCCGCCCUUCCCCAGGAGUCCAAUCUCUCCGUGAAGCGCUCUGAUACCUCGGAAUGUGUCGGUCCCCUCCUCUGCUGUGGAACUCUCACCACUCCUCUCGACCCCCUUGUCGACCCUCUCUUGUUGACUCUCGGCAUUGAUGCUGCCAACCUCGUUGGAUCCAUUGGUCUUCUCUGUCACGGGUACGAGAAAUCUAGCUGUGACACCAAGCCCCAGUGCUGCACUGAGGCCAACCUCCUGGGUGGCACCCUUGCCCUCGGAUGCGCGGAUCUGAAGUAA